GAUGAAUGUUAUCAAGUGAGACAAAUAUUUGCUCAGAAACUUCACAAAGGCCUUUCUAGACUACGUCUGCCACUAGAAUAUAUGGCUAUUUGUGCACUGUGUGCAAAAGAUCCUGUGAAGGAGAGAAGAGCUCACGCUAGGCAGUGCCUUGUGAAGAACAUAAAUGUCAGAAGGGAAUACCUGAAGCAACAUGCGGCAGUUAGCGAGAAACUGUUGUCACUUCUACCAGAGUAUGUUGUUCCUUACACUAUCCAUCUUCUAGCUCAUGACCCAGAUUAUGUCAAAGUCCAGGAUAUUGAACAACUCAAGGACAUUAAAGAGUGCCUCUGGUUCAUACUGGAAAUAUUGAUGGCUAAAAAUGAAAACAACAGUCAUGCAUUUAUCAGAAAAAUGGUAGAAAAUAUCAAACAAACUAAGGAUGCUCAAGGACCAGAUGAUCAGAAAAUGAAUGAAAAACUAUAUACGGUCUGUGAUGUAGCAAUGAAUAUCAUUAUGUCAAAGAGCACAACAUACAGUCUGGAAUCCCCUAAAGACCCUGUACUUCCAGCCAGAUAUUUUACUCAACCUGACAAGAAUUUCAGUAACACCAAAAAUUAUCUUCCUCCGGAAAUGAAGUCUUUUUUCACUCCUGGAAAGCCCAAAGCAGCCAAUGUUCUUGGAGCAGUUAAUAAGCCUCUUUCGUCAGCAGGCAAGCAGUCUCAAUCCAAAUCUUCACGAAUGGAAACUGUAAGCAAUGCCAGCAGCAGUUCAAAUCCAAGCUCUCCAGGAAGGAUCAAAGGGAGGUUGGUAGACAACAAAGGAGCUUUGAUAAUUUGA